AGGGCGAAGAACUUUAUCAUGUCUUCACAGUUCGGGUUCCACGUGGCAGAUUACGUUGUUUUUGCUGGAAUGAUCUUGUUCUCUAUAGGCAUUGGUGUAUUCUCCGCCUGUUCCGGUGGUGGACAGAAGACUACCUUGGAAUAUCUGGUCGGAAAUCGUCGUCUGAAGAUGUUACCGGUCGCCCUUUCCCUUGUCGUCACCUUCGAGUCGUCCAUACUUGUCCUGGGAUUCCCCGCUGAGACUUACAUCUAUGGAGGGGAUCUUGUCUGGGCGGGUGCCGCAUUGAUGAUAACAAUGUUAGUAGCUACACGUGUAGCUGCCCCACUGUUCCACCCGCUCAAGCUUACCAGUGUGUUUGAGUAUUUUGAACUUCGAUACCAAAGCAAAGCACCUCGUAACUUUGGCACGGUGGCUGGAAUGCUGUAUUACAUAGUUUACAUGGGGAUCGUUCUCUACGGACCAGCUAUAGCUCUGGAAGCAGUGGCGGACUUCCCAUUCUGGGCAUCUGUUUUCUCUGUAGCGGGGGCAGCCAUUAUUUACACUUCUAUAGGCGGAAUCAAGGCGGUGGUGUGGACGGAUGUUUUACAAUGUAUCAUUAUGACGCUUGGUAUGUUUGCUGUUAUUAUAAAGGGUACAAUGAACGUAGGAAAUUUCGGAAAGGUCUUCCAAAUUAAUAACGAAAAUCUACGAAUGAACUAUUUUAACUUUGACCCUGAUCCGACGGUCCGGCACACCUUUUGGUCACUAUUCGUGGGGUCAACUAUUGUGUAUUUUGGGAUGGCAUUUAACCAGGCAACGGUUCAGCGGAUCGGCUCAGUCAAGACAUUACAGGAGGCCAAAAAUAUUCUGUAUAUCGCCGGACCAGCUUACUUCGUGUUUGGUAUUAUUGUAAUUAUUGAGGGACUAGUAAUGUUUGCCUACUUCAAUACUAUUGGGUGUGAUCCCAUGGAAGCUGGUAUUAUCAGAAACGCGAACCAGUUGCUACCCCACAUGGUGGUGAGGUUAUUCCAUGGUAUUCCCGGACUUUCCGGACUGUUCCUCGCCUCUUUGUUUAGUGCAUCAUUAAGCACAAUAUCUUCAGGACUUAGUUGUCUUAGCGCUCAGACAGUGGAAGAUUUCCUCAAACCUCGGUACAAGGACAUGUCCGACAGCAAAGCCACAGCCAUAGCAAAGAGUUCAGUGCUAUUCUACGGAGGACUUUCUCUCACCGUCACAGCUAUGAUAGCCGAAGUACCAGGGUCACUAAGUCAGAUUAGCAGUUCAGUUCUCGGUUGUGUGGGAGGUCCAAUCGCCGGCAUGUUUUUUCUUUCCAUAUUUUGCCCUUGGGCCACAAAAAAGGGCUUUCUUAUUGGUGGAGCGGUUUCAAUGUUAUUUGUCCUUUGGUUAUCGCUUGGAUUAAACUUCUUCACGUCCACACCAAGUCAGCCUUGGCUACCGCCAAACCCUACAGACAACUGCUUUCUCGAUUCGUCAUUGUGGACAAAUACAACAAGCAUGAUUAAUUCAUCUUUCUAUAACAACGCAUCGGCUUCGCCACUUAAUGACCUAGCUUCACGAAUUGCGACAUACAGAAAGGAAAUGGCUGUUUUUCAAUCAAUAGAACCACAAGGCCUUGAUAAGCUGUAUUCGGUCUCGUACCGGUGGUUUGGAGCCAUUGGUGUAUUAAUUCCUAUUGUUGUUGGUGCUCUUGUGAGCUUUGUCACAGGUCAUCCCCCAAUGGAUGAAGUCGAUGUGAGGUACAUAUUACCUCUGGGGGACCAGUUGUUUCCGUAUCUACCAAAAAAGGCACGUCGGUGGCUUGAGUUUGGGGUCGAUUUUGAAAAGCGAAGAAAAUGGCUAGAGCAACAGGACGCGGAAACAACAAUUCCAACCGAUCUGUUUGGAGAACUAAAUGUCGAGCUGGACGAAAUUACGGCAUAUGAUACUCUAUCGACCGCAAAUGGUCCAAAUACUAAUCAUGAUGUCAAUGAUGUUAACCUGGAUACUGAUAGAACACCAAUUUGACUGCAGCACCUGAUUUUAUGCUGUUGGGGCAUUGGCAAAUUUGACCAAAUUUGCAUAUGUAAAACGUUUGAAAAAAACGAGGACGUAUACAGAAUACACGUAAAAUACAAGGACAAAAAGGGACAAAACAUUUUGACUCUAAUUCGAUUUGUCAUACGAUCACUUUCGAUUAUGAAACAUGUAUAUAUAUGCAAUUCAAAAGAGUAUCUGUUAAUAAUCUGCAUUAUAUUGCUCGGCUAUGAUACGUAAUUGUAGAAAUAUAUUUGAUGUACAAUGUCCAAUAUUUAACGAUUUUUACCAAAACUGCAUUUAUUGUACUCAGUCAUCCGAUAUAUGUUCUUCUUAUAGUGAAAAUAUGAUCAGGCUAUUUUUCACAGCGUGAAGUAUAUAUAAAUACAUAUGUGUCUCGCUGCUAAAAUGAAAUAGAUAUAUAUAUAUCAACUAUACCGUAAAAUUCAAUGUCACGUACAUUGCAGUGUACCCUGCAUAAUGAUAUUAAAUCUGAAUGUUUUGU